GGGCCGCAGCCAAUGGGGCGGCGGGAAACACAGCUCCGGGCUCAGACGCCUGUUGUUCGCUUCGAGGCAGAGAGGAAGCUACUCCGUCGAUGAAUUGAGUUCCACUGCGAUUUCGAGCUGGACUUCCUCAAAUAACAACAACAUGAAGGCAGUGGAGGAGCCUGCCUACCUGACAGUGGGGACAGAUGUGAGUGCCAAGUACAGAGGAGCGUUUUGUGAGGCUAAAAUCAAAACGGUCAAACGUCUGGUCAAAGUCAAGGUGACCCUGAAGGGGGAGGGAACAUCUCAGGUGGUGCAUGACGACCAGGUCAAAGGUCAGCUCAGGGUGGGGUCUGUGGUGGAGGUGAAGACCAACGAAGGAGGAAACUCUGAGGCAGUCAUCAGCAAACUCACUGAUGCCUCCCUCUACACUGUGGUGUUUGACGACGGGGACGAGAAAACUUUGCGAAGGACGUCUUUGUGUCUCAAAGGAGAAAGGCACUUCGCCGAGAGUGAGACUCUGGACCAGCUCCCUCUCACAAACCCCGAGCACUUUGGGACGCCUGUGAUCGGCAAGAAGUCCAACAGAGGGCGCCGCUCCUCACAGGCCGUCCCUGAUGAGGAGAAUGAGUCUUCAUCCUCGGAGGAGGAGGAGGAGGAGAGCAGAGUCUCUGAUGAGCUGCUGGGGACAGUGUGCUCUGUGGAGGGACCAGAGCCCGGCCUGGUCCUGGUGCUGUCUCCAGUGUGUAAUGAGGAGCUGGUAGUGAAGAAGGACCACUGUUUGGUUCGCUCUUUUGGAGAUGGAAAGUUCUCCACUGUGCUCCGUAGACACCUGCACACGCUAAACUCUGCCUCCAUCUGCAAACCGGAGCUCGCCAAUAGACAAGGUGUGAGUGCAGCCCAGGCCUUCCUCAGGACCAGAGCAGUCCCUGAGGUCUGGAAAAUGGACCUGAGUCAGAUCCUGGAGUCUUCAUCUGACAGUGACGAUAAACACAGCGAUGAAGACCAAGAGGAGCAAGAGAGACGCAAGAAACGGCUUGAAGAAGAGCCCGAGGAGGAGCCCGACCCCGAGGAGAGGGACCACUUCUUGCAGCAGCUCUACAAGUUCAUGGAGGACAGAGGGACCCCCAUAAACAAACCCCCGGUGCUGGGUUAUAAGGGCCUGAACCUGUUUAAGCUCUUCAGACUGGUUACACUCCAGGGCGGCUGCAGUGGCAUCGAGUCUGGCACCGUGUGGAAGCAGAUCUACAUGGACCUGGGUAUCCCUGUGCUCAACUCUGCAGCAGCGUACAAUGUCAAGACUGCCUACAAGAAAUACCUUUUUGGGUUCGAGGAGUUCUGCCGCUCGGCGCUCAUCACCUUCAGAACCAUCCACCACAACAACCCCUGCCCUCCUCCCUCCCCAACCAAUCAGAGAGCAGCCUCAGAAACCAAGACAAGCCCCCCGUCGAAUCACACAGCGCUGCCAGAGCCCAAGAGCAACCCUGUGCCAAAUCAGAGAACGGCAGGGGCAGAGCUUAAAGACACGGUGAAAACUGAGACUGAUUCAGAGAGCGACAGUGACCACGAGGAGCGCCACACCUCCCCCAGAGGCCGGCGCCGCUGUGUGCUCCCCCUAAAGGACAAACGAGGCACUGACUCAGACGAACAGAGAGAGCCACGCAAACGCACGCCCAGACAAACCGACCAAUCAGAGCGCACGCCCAGGCUCACAGACCAAUCAGAGAGUGGGGGCAGGCUGUCCGACCAAUCAGAAAGAGGCUCAGAUGACGAGGAAGAUGAUGACGAUGAGGAAGAAGAGGAUGAGCUUCCGCACCAGCCCACAGAAAGGUCAGAGGAGGACCCUGACGGAGUGACUGGGACCAGAGUCCGGGUCAAGUAUGGUCGAGGAAAAACUCAGAAGAUUUAUGAGGCUCACAUCAAAAAGACUGACGUGGACAACGGGGAGAACUUCUAUCUGGUGCACUACUACGGCUGGAACGUCAGGUACGAUGAGUGGGUGAAGGCGGACCGCAUCAUCUGGCCCUCAGAGAAGGGGUCCAAGAAGAAGAGGAGGGGCAAACUCAAGAAUAAGGAGGAGGGGCCCCCAGAAGAGGAGAGGCCCCCACCAAUGAGAACCUCAGGGGCUCGCAGGGGUCGACCUCUGGGCAGCAAGAACAAAACCAAUGGCCGAGCUCCAGAGACCAGACCUGACUCUGGACCCAACAUGUCCAACGGAGAUAACACUCCACGCAGAAGAACCCGGAGGACCUCAGGGAUGUUCGACUCAGACCGGGCCUCAAACGAGGAUUCUGGGAACUCGUCGGACGACAGCGAAUCAGAAGACUCGACGGAGAAGAAGCAGUUUCCGUGGCGACGGAAGGAAGCGGGUCCCAAACAGGAAGCAGAGCUGUGUCUGAAACAGGAAGAGGAGGAGCCGAGCUGCGAGGAUACCCCUGACACCGUCCCCAAGCCCACAGACACUACAGCUCCCAGCAUGCAUCAGGACACUGCCCACAGCCAAUCUGUGCAGGGUGCGGGGCAGGAGCAGCUGCCCGUCACUCCAGAGAAGAAGGCUCUGGCUCCACCCACUCUGCUCCUGGACUCCUCCCCCAGACUCAAGCUCCUCCCCUCUGUCCCGCUUAUGCCCCUCCCGCCUCUGUCUGAGCCUAUGGUCGUCCUCCAUCACUGCCUACCGCCUGACUCAGACACAGAUUCCGCCUCCGAGAGCGACAGCGAGAAAGAGGAAAAGAGGCGAGGUAGGAGAGGCGAGCUGCGAGGGGAGAGGACGGAGGUGAAGGAGGAGGUGACAGAGGAGGUGAGGGAGGAGAUGGUCAGGAGUCCUGCUAAACUCCUCAACAACAAAUCUCCUCUGAGAGACUGGAACCUGAACGCCCGAAGCCCACAGAAGGAGCGCUGCAUCGGGGACAGGUCUCCGCUCAGAGCCACCGUUCGGUCUCCAGCGAGGGACAAGAAAGAAGCAGAGAGGAACCAAGAGGACAGGACCCAGGGGGAGAGGACCCAGGGGGAGAGGACCCAGGGGGAGAGGACCCAGGGGGAGAGGACCCAGGGGGACAGGACCCAGGGGGAGAGGACCCAGGGGGACAGGACCCAAGAGGACAAGAACCAGGGAGACAGGACCCAAGAGGACAAGAACCAGGGGGAGAGGACCCAAGAGGACAAGAACCAGGGGGAGAGGACCCAAGAGGACAAGACCCAGGGGGAGAGGACCCAAGAGGACAAGAACCAGGGGGAGAGGACCCAAGAGGACAAGGACCAGGGGGAGAGGACCCAAGAGGACAAGAACCUGGGGGAGAGGACCCAAGAGGACAAGAACCUGGGGGAGAGGACCCAAGAGAACAAGAACCUGGGGGAAAGGACCCAAGAGGACAAGAACCUGGGGGAGGGGACCCUCAGAUCAGAGAAGACUGAGGAUGCCAGUUCUCCUCUCCGACCAAUCAAAACCAAGGGAGAGAUACCAGACAAAAUCCAGUUGGAGAAGGCAGCGCUGAGACUGGACAAACCCCAGGGAGACCAGGGUCCACCGAAAGGUCCACCACAGGGUCCACUUCAAGAAGGCGCUGACUGUCCAAACGAAGAGCGGUGCCAAGUGGAGAGGACACCAGAGAAACGGGACCGAACUGCGUCUGAAAAACCUCCAGAACAGGAGGAGAAAGAGGAGGGAACAGACAAUAUUGAAUCGGAGAAAACCACAGUGAAACGUAAAGCACCAGAGCAGAAGAGUCCAGAGAAGAAACUCAAGACUGAAACACAAACGUCUCCAAAAACUACAAACAUGGCUGACACCGAGCAGCAGAGUGGAGCCAGGCAGGAAGAGGUAAAGAUGGAGGUGCGAGAGGCUAAAGGAGAUGACGAAGAGCCAGAGCAGCGAGAGCCCACCCUCCCGGAGAUGGGUCCCGAGGCACUGGUAUGUUAUGAGGUGGACUUGGAUGAGCCCGAUGAGCGGGAGAAGGCGGUGAGCGCAUCUGAACAGCUGCUGCUCAUGAUGAGAGAAUCGCACCUGCACCUGUCCCCACCCGUGCCACACAAAGUCCCGCCCACACCCUCAAAAGGCCUGUCCACUCUGCCCAAAGCCCCGUCCACAGUGCCAGAGCACAACUGCACUGAGAGGAGGGAGGAGCGAGGGAAUACCGGAGGAAACGAACAAGGACGCCAGCGAGGAAAUGAGGACACGAACUCGAGUUCUACGUCUAAUUCCUCCCACUGUGACAGAGGUCAGAAGCGUGUACUGGAGGGACCCAGUCCGACUGUGAAGAAGCACAAACGGCACAAGAGACCCACUCCCCAGAAACACGACAAGAAUGGAGCCGGUCACAGCAGCGACAGUGAAGACCAGACCCACAAACACUGCCCCUCUCCCACCAGCAGGGGGCACAAGUGGACCUUGCACAUUGAUGACCUGGAGAAGAUGUCUUCUUCGGAGCGUAUCUCGUUUCUUCAGGACAAACUUCAGGAGAUCAGAAAAUACUACCUGAGCCUGAAGUCUGAGGUAGCCUCCAUCGACCGCCGACGCAAGAGGCUCAAGAAGAAGGAGCGAGAAGUGUCGAACACGGCGUCCACCUCGUCUUCGUCAGACGCUGCCCUGAGCCCCUCCUCCUCCUCUCCGUCUCAGAGCUCAUUGGCUGUGGAGGUCAGGUGAUGCUUGGCCCCGCCUCUCGCUGCCUCAAACGUUCGCCUCCAAAACGCCCCUCCCCUUCACGUAAGCGAGCCGAUUCUGGCCUUAUUUAGAAAGGUUCCUCUGUGCUUCCUGCUCAGUGUGUUUGGUCUUUUAUACAAAUCAGAGCUUUUAUUUUGUAAAAAAAAAUCACAAAACUUAAAAAAGUGCGACACGGCAGCAGGAAGCACACACACUAUCAAAGUAAAAGU